AGGUGUGGUUGGCGAUCGUUGAGUGCUUCAAAAUCCGUGUCUGCAAAUCAGUAAGUCGUUGAUACUUGCUAGGGACGCUGAUCGGACCAGGUCGACGACACCGAACUCCUCAACGCCAAGUAUGUCGUCGUCAACACCCAAUGACGCCGGCUCUCAAUCGCUCACCACUCAUGUUGUCCUAGAAUGGGACGAGACAAGUCCGAAUGGCGAAGAGAGGCACUACCUCACGGCUCCCGAUCCCCCCGAUGCAAAGAUCAUUUUCAAGUCCGACAUCUCUGCGAGGUCAAAUGACGGUGCGACCGGAUCAGCGGUUGGUGUCUUUCUGCGGCUGCACAUCCCGGUGAAGCUGAAGAAUGUCCCGGCCCGCACGCCUAUCCACAUCCAUAUCCGGCCAUCUUGUGUUCAAUCAUGCACCUUCGCCAUGGCCGUCGACGCUCCAGAAGCUGUCCGGGCGCUGUAUCAGUGUCAGCUGGCGAGUCUAUCGAUGAAGCUCAGCGGGUUUGUCCAGAUCGUUGUUCCCCACACCAUGACAGCAUCAUCGCGGCCGGCGAAGACCCGCGCGUCGGGCCAAGUGCUUGACGCGAUCCGGUCUCUCAGCCGAGCCACACAGCUCGUCCUGUACAUGCCGGCGAACCUGGCUCCCCGGACGCAUCUGCAGCGUCUGUCGGCACUGCUGACGGGUGGUGGCUUGCGAGGGCUGCCGCCGUAUACCGAGUUGAACAAGUUGUUUGGCGGGUCGGGAGGACGGAUAUGGGAUGUCGAACCUGUGUAUCCCACGACGUCACCACCACCCGACGGCGGCGGGGAAGGAGACGGGGAAGGCGACCGGGAGGGAGAUGGUGACAUCCCACCACCAUAUGAAGCCUGCGUAGGACCGUCAGCCUCCCCCUCCGCGAGAUCAGCUCUGUGGCAAGAGUCUCAAACCCGGGACGGAAAACGGCGGCGUAGCAGCAGCGACGCUGUAGCUGUUGCGACCUCUAGCGAGUUUACCAGGGCGAAGAAGCCCGAUUUACGCGCUUCUCCUCCAAGGCCACAGCUUCCCGAAAAGGGACAGACGCUGGAACUCUCCGUCUUGCAACGUCUGGCGCUUCUGGAGGCACUCGCCCAUGCGCAAGCGGUGCAGAUCAGCAACCUAUCGAGCGAGAACCACGCGCUGCGGAAGCGGAUCGAUGAGUAUGAGACGGAGCUUGCGGCCUUGCGAUUGGAAAUAGGCCGGGUGGAUCGCCAGGUGGAUCGGCUGGAUUUAGACGUCUCGGAGCAGCGGGAGGACAUUAUGCGCUUGGAGGGCAAUGUCCAAUACUGUCUCGACCGAGAGGACGAGAUUGUGGGGGCCGUUGUAGAUACGGUGACGGAGCAGAUUUCCGAGAGGGGGCUUAGCGCGGCCAAUAUACACUUCACCUUGGGUGAGGGUUGA